AACUAAUUCGUCUGGGUCUAUGACUAGAUUAUACGACCGAGCUUCAGUUCACUUAAAUUCUAUGUUGUGUUUACUAUCCUUGAUUAGAUUGUUCGGUAUGCUUUAUUUUAUUUUACUUUAUUAUUUUUUGCUUACUUUGAUACAGACGUCAAACGGCGCGUAAAGUUAUACCUUUACAUAGCCUACAUUAAGAAGGUUACAACGACAUCAUGAAUGCGCCUGGAACUACAUAUUACAUGAUACUGCGCUGUGCACAUUUUGUUUUGGAAUUUCAAAAGUAGAAACGACCCUCGUGAAGCAUUGAAUGUAUUUUGGAGAAAUGGGUUCAUUUGAAGGUGCGGCAGUGGUUCCUUGGAAUCAGAAGAACGUUUCUGUGUUCUCCUUCAGCAAUUUAUCAUCGCCAGCGCCUUUCACAGAAUCCUCUGGUUCCUUCAACGAGCUCCUGAUUACUUCUUUACUCGGGACAAUCUUAACUGUGAUGUGCUUGGUUGGCGUGAUCGGAAAUAUUUACACGCUAAUUAUAAUGAGUAUUUCUGCAAACGUGACCGGUUCUUUGUGCAUUUAUAUCGCAAAUUUAGCCCUGGCAGACUUGUUAUACCUGUCAACUAUACCAUUUGUAGUUUGUACUUAUUUUUUGAAGGACUGGUACUUUGGAGACAUCGGAUGCCGGAUUGUGUUCAGCCUUGAUUUCCUCACUAUGCAUGCCAGCAUCUUCAUCCUCACCAUAAUGAGUACGGAAAGGUACCUUGCGGUGGUGAAUCCUCUUGACAGCUUCGGCAGAUCCAGACACUAUAGACGGACAGUUACCUGCGCCGUUUGGGUCGCGUCUUUUUUGCUGGCGCUCCCGACUAUGAUCAUGAUUGAUCUGAAAAGAAACGUUGAAAACGGAGUUGUGAAGCGCAUGUGCCACCCGACAUGGCAGAUCCAGGCAUACAAGGUGUACCUGACUGUGCUAUUCAACACCUGCAUCUUGGCUCCCGGGGUUAUCAUUGGAUAUUUGUAUAUCAGGUUAGCCAGGACUUACUGGAUAUCUCAAACCGAGGUUUUCACAACUAAGGACGUGCAUCGGUGUCCCAAGCAGAAAGUGUUGUACAUGAUUUUCUGUAUCGUUCUUAUAUACUGGACUUGUUUCUUACCUUUUUGGUUAUGGCAGUUACUGAGCAUACACUACUUCGGACAUAGGGGACUGUCACAUAGAACGACGAUGUACGUAAACUUCGUUGUUACUUGUCUUGCCUACAGCAACAGUUGCAUAAACCCUUUUCUCUAUACAUUGUUAACAAAAAAUUACAAGGAAUACUUGAAAGGACGUCAGAAGAACUGUAGAUUUACGAGAAAAUUCAGACACUCCUCUCAACGGUCUGUUUCGUCUGGAAGUCACCAGUUCACGGACACGCUUACCGUCACGCAUUUAAGGAGUGCUACGGGUGGCUGCAAUGUUUAAGUGUGAAAUAUGUUCUGAACAAGACACCGCACCAUUUGGCAAUCUUCAGUACGAUGCAAUAUGUGUGUUACUUCUCCAUUAAAUGAAUAUACAUUUUCAUUGGAACAAUCUAGGUUGAUGCUCAUGGUGUGAUGCCACGAAUCUUAAUGGUAAAUUAUGAAAAGUAAUUUUUCAUUCGUAUUACACUUGGGAAUUAACGUUCAACUGCACAUUUGGCACUCAUGCAUGUAUAAGUUCUGGAACAGUAAAUACAUCCACAGCUGUCCUGAAUGCUGAAGUCAAUUAAGUUAACCGAAUUAUUUGGUUUAUUGGACUAUAUCAUUUAUUUUGCAUUUGACUGAACAAUUAAUUCGUCAGGACUAAAUGUUCGCACAAGCUUGGAGUUUUUUUGGGAAAGAAUUUAUCAUGAUUCUGAAUGCAAGCGCGGUGGCCAAUAUUCAAGACUCCCUGGACGGUAGAUAUGUCACUGAAUCUUGUUUUGGACAUUUGCACAAUAUUAUGCUUAUUUGAAGACGUUAUUCACUGAGAGCAUUGUAGGGACGUAAAUGGUAAGCAUGCUGAAAAACGCAUUCCGGCGAGAAUACAAUUGGAGGAAUGUUCUCCACACAAAAACGUAACCUGUCGUUAUCCUAGUGCUUUGAUCGAUGGUGUUAUGCUCUCUGUGGGAUUAAGAUGCAUUCCAUUUUGAACAAAGCCAAUUUUUCCAGCCCAAGUAUUUCAAAAAAAAAUUCUAAGAACGGUAUUUGUUAAACAUGCUUAAUGGUAAUAUCAAAAAUUGUACCUCAAUGACGAAGUCACAAAGUUAUCUCGAAUCUACACGUACCCGAUUGUGUGCAAAUCUCACAUCCUCGUUUGCGCUUGAAUAAAGAUGCAUGAUAAAGCGAGGAUUAUUGCCUCGAGAGAACAUUUCAAUGAGCAAAAUGUCUUGAGCGAAAGGCGACGCGAUUCCUUAAACGAUGAUAUAGCAGUGUAAACUAGUUGAAGUUAAUUGCAUGAAUUUCUCUGUAGAACUAUAGCCUGUUGGUAUGGCGUGGCUGUUCAGCUUAUUUGUUACUUCGUUCUUUGUUUCUACAUAAAGAGUCCGGUCCCCUCUAUUAAGCACAAGUGAUAUUGAAACUUUGCAAUAAAUCUAUUAUUACCAUUUUAUCAAUAGCUACUGUUUAUAGUGCAACGCUUUAAUUUUCUCGGAAUUAGGGGAACACAGCAUAAAAUAGGAUCCCUUAGGAAUACCUUUUUCGUAGAUUUCCAUAUGGGUGAAAAUCUGAAAUUAGUUUACACAAAGCUCAUAUAUUCCAAUGUACAAAUGCUACAUUUUAAAUACGCAAACUGAUCAAUCAUUUUUUUAAGUAAAAUAUUUGUUUAUUAUUGGCAUCUUACCCCAUGUUCCCUAAUAUCACUGUUACUAAUUUCUUGUGUCCACUUCUCAUCUUACAGUCCUGAAGAUUUCAUAGAAUCUUUACAAUCAACAAUUGAUUGACACCCAGAUCAAUAGUGAUUUAACUUUUAUAUCCAAUCAGCGAUGUGAAUUCAAUUAAGGCUUGUACAUGGUCCUCUAUUGGAGAUUUGUGUCAUCUGAUCAUUGCUUAACGUGUAAAAUGUUGAGCUUGUAUUUGUAUAAGGUGACUUUUGUCAACGCUGGGCAUUUCAUCUUCCGAAGUCAUUUUGACUAUUGAAUGUGUGACGUCUUGCACGAAAACGCAAUGCAAAAUGCGGUGAGAAUCAACAAUAGGAAAGGACCCAUGUAAAGAAAACACGACUGCAAUGUACUCGCAAGUGCUCAUGAAAAUGCAUGUCAACAAUUCCCCCCAUUCUCUCACUCUGACUUGUACCCCUGUGGAUUUCUUUGCAACACGUUUGUUGUGGCUGCGCAGCUUUAUCAUAAUGGAUUGCGGUAGUACACGUAUUCAGUAAUAGAAAAGAUCACUAAUUUUAUUCAAUUAUUGAUUGCCCUUGGUGAGACUCGGCUAUACAUAUUUUAUUUAAAUGUGUUUUCGUUGUUGUUGUUGUUGUUUUUUAAAGGCCAUUUAUGCUUCUCUCCCUGGACUGUCGAGAUGCAAAUCAUAUGCAAUCGUACAGUUGCAGCACAUCAAAUCCCAUGUAGUCCAAUUUGAAGGAAAAAGUGGCACAAAGGUACCGUUUAGCUUGCUGUCUAUCACUGUUUAUUUAAAACUACAGGGGAUUUUCAGGAAGGACAGCAAAGUGCUUAAAUCUAUUAUUCUUCAAAGCGUCAAACUCAGCACGAUCAAUGAUUCAUAGAAUGAAAUGCAGAACCUUUCUUAUUGGGCAGGUUCGUUUUUCUUUCAAUUUAUAUAAAAUUUAAACUCAAAAUCAACUUUUGUCCAUACUGAAAAAACUGAUUGUACUUGAAAGAAAAUCUUGAUGUAAUUCAUUGUUUAUUGUAAUUUGUUAUUUUUAUAUAGCUUUGGGGUGACUUGUUUUCGAUGAACUGCUUUCUCAUCUCUGAUAUAACUAGUUUGUUCAUAUCCGGGGGAGUUUUCAGCUUUGUUAUAUAAAUAAAUAUGUUUUAAAAAAACUUUUUGCACA